AACAUCUCAGGUAGAAAAAGUGCAGCAGUGGUCUGACAUGCCCUCCUGACCUCCUUAUCAAGCACUCACUCUGAAAAUCUGUUGAAACGUCAAGAAACCUUUUAUCCCUAGUCCAUCAGACAAAGAUUAUGGAAAAGUUUCAGGGACCUCCCAUCGGAAUGACAGAUGUGCCAGCACCACCAUACCCAGGUGUUGCUGCAGACAAUGUGGGAUUCUAUGUGGAACCUCCGCCUCCCGUCCAGACUGUUCAAUACACUACUUACCAACACAACCCACAUCCACUACCCCAGAUUGUGCAGCCUGUCAACCAGGUGGUGGUGGUACAGCAGCUGCCAUCUGAAGCCCCUGGACAGAUGAUGUGUCCUCGCUGUCAAACCACUGUUCUCACUCACAUUGAAUACAGAAAUGGUUUGCUCACCUGGCUGAUCUGUGGUUUACUUGGAGUCUUCUUGUGCUGGCCUUGCUGUUUGAUCCCCUUCUGUGUGGAUGCUUGCAAGGAUGUGGAGCAUUCCUGUCCCUCAUGUAACACUGUCCUGCAUGUCUACAAACGCAGAUGAAACAGCACUGCAGUGUAAACUCUGAUGUAACAACAAAAGGUAGAGAAGCCAGCCAUGAUCAAACAAACAUCUGUACAGGGGCCAAACCUCCCUGUACAAACAGCAGACAUCAUGUUGAACCCUGUGCUAACUUGUG